GAUUCAGCCGUGGCACUGAGCUCUCAGUGCUCAGGAAGAAUAGCGCUGAGAUCUCAUCGCUACUCUGGAGACUUUUUUUUGUGACCUUAAACAAGAGAUUUCAAAUAGCCUCAGUGGCGGACUGGGAUUGGUUUCAAUGGAUGUGGUAUUGCUUGUGCAUCUAUGAGUUGGGGAAGGAAGAAAAUGAAAAUAGUUGGUGUUACUUUAAACAGCACAACCCAUAAACCCCUGUCACUCAUUUGGAUGAGUGAAUUCGGUAUUGCCAGGCUUCUGAAGUGGUUAACCGAGGCUAAGAACAUAGGACACUGGUGCGUGAUGUCAAGCACUGGGCAGUCCCCACGGCUUUCCCCGCCAGCCCGGAGCGUCAUGUGCCAGUAUGAGCAGUAAGAGGGAAAAGUACGACUCAGAGCUCAGCAUUCCGCAAGAAAAAAAGGAGGAACUGAGCGGAGAGAACGAAUGACUGAAGUUUUGCUGCUUGCAAAACUUGGAGCAGUUCACUUCUUCUCCAGAGGAGUUUUGUCUUGGCUGCUGUGAGAGCUGAAAGAGCAAGCAGUGAUUUCCUCGUGGUCCCUUUUCUCUGCUGUUAUUUAACCUCUUCCUCCUCGUGCCCGGAUUUAAGCCUGCCAGCCGCACUGUUCGCAAGCAGUGGACACCAAUAUGUGUCAUGUCAUUGUAACAUGUCGGUCAAUGCUAUGGACUCUCCUGAGCAUCGUGGUGGCUUUUGCGGAGCUCAUCGCCUUCAUGAGCGCGGACUGGCUGAUUGGCAAAGCCAAGCCGGUCAGCACAGACGACAUGGACAACAGAACGGGGGGGCCGCAGGAGCCGUACCGCCCGACCCUGGGCAUCUACGGGCGCUGCACAAGGAUCUCUCACAUGCAGCUCUCCAGGCGAGAUACGCUCUGUGGCCCGUAUGCUGAAAACUUCAAUGAGAUUGCCAGUGGGUUCUGGCAGGCAACCGCUAUUUUCCUAGCUGUGGGAAUCCUGAUCCUCUGCGCCGUGGCGUUUGUGUCUGUCUUUACUAUGUGUGUGCAGAGUAUUAUGAAGAAAAGUAUUUUUAAUGUCUGUGGGCUGCUACAAGGGAUUGCAGGCCUCUUCCUUAUUUUAGGCUUGAUACUUUACCCUGCAGGUUGGGGAUGCCAGAAAGCAAUAAGCUAUUGUGGACAUUAUGCUUCUGCUUACAAACUGGGAGACUGCUCCUUGGGCUGGGCUUUCUACACGGCGAUUGGUGGCACUAUUCUGACGUUCAUCUGUGCAGUCUUCUCGGCGCAAGCUGAAAUCGCCACAUCCAGCGACAAAGUGCAAGAAGAAAUAGAGGAAGGAAAAAACCUUAUCUGCCUCCUUUAAUUCCAGUGGGAAAAAAAAUACCAGUGCCUGGAUAUUGAUUUGCUAUCCACUGACUCGAUGAGGAAAUCCACUUACCAGUUACCACAGUUUGUGUGAUUGAGCCCCAUGCAUUCCAGCCCUGAACUACUGAAAUGGUCUUUCUUCCUUGCUGGGCAAUGAGGAUCAGAGAAAGGAUCCCGAGAAAGGAGAAUGUAAACACUUGGGGAUUUUUUAGUUUCAUUAUGUUAUCAGGACACUGUGGAGUAUAUUAAUCAGAUUGGGGAUGUGAGGAAUCAUAUAUAUAAUGGGGAUAUUGUUACGUAGCUGACAAAUUCUGAUUGAUUGGAUUGCCUUGCCCACCUCGGUCACUUUAAAAAAAAAUUGGAUUUAAAAUAAUAAAAGCCAGCACAUUUUAUUUUUACACAACCAAGAAGCCUAUUUUAACAAGGCUUCAUUUCCAAGGGCUCCCAUCACCUGUGAAUCUUUCAUCACCUCCUGGUUUGGUACCAUAUUUUUAAUUGAGGUGCUUUUUCAUACUGAACUUCCUUAAAGUGCAGUGCCUUCUCAGUAAGUAAGUCUAUGAUGGAGAGAUCAAAGCUGACGUGAUGCAGUUCACACAAAUCUUUGAACAGUUAAAGCUGAAUCCCUACCAUCCCUACCUACAUCUCCUGCUUGAAACUCAGCAGCACAAGGUUGCAGCAUCUUGUCUACCAGGCUCAUCAUUAUUUUCUUUUCACUGACUCAGUAGAGAUGCUGUUGUUAACACUGGUUUUCACUUGAUUCUGAUGCAGCUGUUAGAAAUACCAUUUUAACGUAUGUUGAAACAGCAACUCUGCCUUUAUUUGAAAUCCCCCAAAUCCCAAGCAGAUGAUAACUCUCCAGAGCACAGCUGGGCAUUAUUUUGUGAAUGCCAACAGCUGGAGCUGGGCUUUAGCCUCUUGUACAAAUGUACGUCAAAUGCUUGACUUACAUGGUAUUAUUCUUCCUUUUGCCAGUGAAACUUCAUUCCUAAUCUGCAGAUCAGGAUGCUUCGUGUCCCAGAACCAGCUACGUCCUUAAGAAAUUCAGAUUUUUCAGGAAGCUGUGCCAAAUUCUCAAUGGCUGGGAAGAUCUUUUCCCAUUUUUUGAACCACAUGUAACGUGGAACCUUUUCCAACUAAAUCAGCAGAAAUAACAGACCUUGCCACAAAUGACAUUCCUUUCUGAAAAGCAGUCGGUUGCAUUACUUGUGGUGUCCCAUCACUUACUAGAACUACUUGUAAAAACAAAAUUAAAAGGUAUUUAAAAAAAUAAUAAUAAAAGGAAUGAUGCAGCCGUGGCACAGAAGCACUGGGAUGAAUUCAUCUGAGAGGUAAUUCUCAUGAACUUUAAGUGAAUUCCUCUUACUUCUUGGUGCAUGUUUCACAUCGUACAUUGCUCCCUAUCACUGGAGCCUGGUCAGAGUAUCAAAGUGUGCCGUUAGCUACUUAUAGGUGUUAAAAAUUGUUACUGCACAGGUAGAAGACUAAUUUCAAUACACUGCUCCUCUCUGGGUGAUUCACAAGACUUGUGAAAGCAGCCACUAGUGCAGGCCCAGGGCUGGCCUUGAGCGUGGCUGAGUGCUGGUGCCGGAGCACCCCUCAGUGCCUGCUGUGCCCCACAGACCCUGCCUCAGCACAGCCCACCUGUGGAGCACGCAGGCUCAGCUCCACGCCAGUGCCCAUCAUGCUCAGGCCGGGUGCUGGACAGAUGCAGAGCUGAUGGCUGAGCCACUGUUCAAAAUCCAGGAUCAACUUCUACCAGUAUUAAAAAGGGAUUAGCCGCAUCUUGCGCUCACCUGUUUCUCUAGCCCACUUCCACCAUAGUGUAGAUUUUAAAACGGGUAAUUAACUUUUCUUUGAAAUAUUUAAGUUUAAAAAAUGGUCUGGAACCACUUAUGCCAAUUAUCUGCAUAUAGCAGAAUCUGCUCUUAAAAACAGAACUUUUGGAACAAAGCAGUGUUUGAGGACAAAAAGUCACAGCCAGUGUGUCUUGACAACACUCAUGGGUUUCCUAUUCCUUCUCAUGCACGUAUGCAUCCACACACUCUCUGAAAGGCAUGCGUGCUACCUGUUUAGCACAGCUGUGAUGCCAUAGAAAACAUCCUUUGGUGUUCCUCUUGAGCCCUCUACUGGAGUGCGUCCUAGAGGAGGCUGGGGCAUUAGCUCAGCUGUGCUUUUGUCAACAGCAUAACUGGAAAAAUAGGGCUGUUAAGAGUAAGAGUAAGCUAUAAACUGGCUGAACAUUAAUUUAAAAAAAUGUAAUUAAUACAGAGUUUUAUCAGUUGGAUUUGGAGUUUUAGCUUUUCUGCAGUGGGUAGCAAUCCAGUGUGAAUUUUGCCACUGCCAGAAGCCUUUUCAACUACGUUAUUGAAGUAAAUGCUGCUUUGGCUUGUGCACCUGAUCAGACAGAGACAAGAUCAGUAUCUCCAAAAGGAAAGGAGGGCUUAUGCUGCUUAGGUUUAGAAGCAAGCAGUGAUCAACCCCAAUAUCCCCCAAUAACCAACGUCUGCAGCAAUCUAAAGCACGCUUUAAAUUUUCAGUAUUGGUGUUUUUUAAUAUUAGGGAAGUAUUUUCAGUGGCAUGUUUUGCUUCCAUUUUCAUUUGUAACCAAGAAGAGCCAGCUUUUCUGCUUGUUGCUGGUGUGUAUCAACCUGCUCUGCAACGGCAUCAUCAACUAACAUGCAAGAAUAUGCGCAUUCAUCGCGUAGCGCACACAGAUGGAUGGAAGACAGGCUGGGAAGAAGUACAGAAAGCUAAUAACUAGAAUUUCCUUUCUCAGGGUUCUGUUUUUCUAUCAAGUGAUAAGGUGUUGAAGGUGUUACACCUCACCGCUUUUUUUUUUUUCCUGGAUGAAGUUUUCAGAUGUAGGGUGCUCUCAUUAAAUCUGACAGCUGUUUGAAGUUGCUCCUGACCGUCUCCUCAACAACAGCUUUCAAAGAUGUUCUGAAACAAAAAGAAAACAAAUCAGCUUAAAACUAAUUUAAUUAAUUCUAUGAGAGGGGCUGCAGAGCAUAACUGCUUCUUAACGUACAUGCACUGCGUAGGAUCUAGAAGACUUUGCUGUGGAUUCUUUUAAAACCUGUGUGCCAAUUAGUUCAGUUUGUUUUUUGUGGUAUUGAAGAAUUCUUCAAGCAUCUGUGGUUUGAUCAACUUUGUAAACUUAGAUUCUGUAAAGUGCCAUAGACUUCUUUUUUUUUUUUAAUUGUAGCAUAUUUAAAUAUAUAUAUAUAUACACAAAUUUGUGUGAGAUGUGCAAUAACAGGAAUGUCUUUUGGUGGAUUUUGUUUUUUUCUUAGUUUUUUUUUUUUGUUUUUUUUUUUUUUUUAAAGUUUUGGGUUUUUUUUCUAUUAAACAGGAUAUUUGAAAAGGGACUCCCCAGGGAAGAAUUGGUGUAUUGGUGGUGUGGACAAACUAAGCAUAGAAUAACGCAAUAGAGUUCUGGGUUUUGAAGAUGAGUACAGCAUUGACAGUAGCCUAAAGAUCUAACAGAGAUCUCUUACAGGGUGAUUUAAUUGAUAUAAUACAGGCAGUAGAAAUGUGAAGCUGCAGCUGAAAAGGUUCAUCAAGGUUUCUCAGUGUGCUUUAUUUAUAACGUGGCAUUGUGGGGAAAAAAAAUGCUACUGAGCUCGUUCUUGUUUGUCUGUAUCACCUUCUUAUCCAUUACACUACAAAUUCUCUGAGAUUUUUCGAGCCCAACCAUCUCAGUUUUGAAUUGUUAUCCCACAUAAGAGUAUCUCACUUGUGUUCCUUGAAAGCCAUGGGCACUGUUUGCCUAGAAUAAGGGAAGGACAGAGCCCAACAGAAGUGGUGCCUGGCAGCAACACGCACAGCACAGCCACACUCUGUAGAAAGAGAAGCUGUGGCAACCCAGCUAGAUUAGAUUGAGCCAUGGUUUUAUUUGUGGUACUGAUUACCUGUUCUUGAGUCACCACUAUGUACACUUAUUAGCACGAAUUAUGUACCUAAUGUGUUAUUUUUUUUCAAUCUAAAUUUCAAUUAAAAUGUGAGUUUUUGAACUGUAACAAGAGUAUGACUAUCUUAAUUCAAACAUAUUAGGUAUGUUUAGCCAGAACAAGUUUUCUUUAAUUGUAGCUUUAAUAGCAUUUUAAGAACCCAGCCCGGUGAUUCUGUUAGUGUUUUAGUUUUCUGACUAACAAUUACUGAUCAAAAAGUAUGUGAUUUGAAAUUGUACCUAUGCAUUAUACAGUACAGUCGCAUUAAAGAGACUCUCUAAUUAAAA